CUCUAUUGGCCGCUCGCCGGACUGGGUGACGUUGGACAACAAAGAUGGCCGCUGGAAGCAGCAACUACUGGGAAGAUCUGAGAAAACAAGCCCGACAAUUGGAAAAUGAACUAGACCUGAAGCUAGUGUCUUUCAGCAAAUUGUGUACCAGCUACAGCCAUAGUGGCCCUAGGGAUGGAAGACGCGACAGGUAUAGUUCGGACACAACACCACUCCUGAAUGGGUCGACCCAGGAUCACAUGUUUGAAACUAUGGCUGUGGAAAUAGAACAACUACUGACAAAGCUCACUGGGGUAAACGACAAGAUGGCAGAAUACAGCAGCACAGCUGGCAUGACUUCAGUAAAUGCUGCACUGAUGCACACGUUACAAAGGCACAGGGAUAUUCUGCAGGAUUACACGCAUGAAUUCCACAAAACAAAAGCCAACUUCCAGGCAAUUCGAGAAAGAGAAGAUCUCUUGGGAUCAGUACGGAAGGAUAUUGAGUCAUACAAAACAGGGUCUGGAGUUAACAAUAGAAGAACGGAACUUUUCUUGAAAGAACAUGAGCAUUUGCGAAGUUCUGAUCGUCUGAUAGAAGAAACUAUAAGCAUUGCAAUGGCAACAAAAGAAAAUAUGACGUCACAGAGGGGGUUUCUGAAAUCCAUACAGAGCAGAAUGAAUACCUUGGCCAAUCGGUUUCCGGCAGUCAACAACCUCAUCCAAAGAAUCAACCUGAGGAAACGCCGGGAUUCGCUCAUCUUGGGCGCCGUUAUUGGCAUUUGCACAAUCUUGCUGCUGCUGUACGCUUUCCAUUGAUGACUGACACUUGACAGACUCUGCCCCAAAACAUGGUCGGCGUUGAGCGUGAAAGCUGCGGUUCUGUGCCCACCACCUGUAGAUAAGGGAUUGGGAUAUCUUAAAAGAAUUUACAUUUUAUACUGAUAAUCUCCAUUGUACGGGAAUUAUCAAUAUUCAAGCCAAUCAGGCAUAUACUACCAGUCAUUUAACCCUUUACUGAACCCAUCCUGUAUUUGCAGAUACAGCAGAUGAUGGAGGUUCUGAGAAGUAAAUCCAUGUUUAAUCUAAGGAGCUCCUUUGUGCAUAUAAUGGUUCCCUUGCUGUCUAGGUCUGAAAGUCAUCACAGAUUUCAAUGUCUUAAUGUCCUAAUACUGGUUCUUUUAUUUGAAAUUCAUUAUUUUCCCUCUGUUAAUUUAUCGCUACAUAUACAUUACUGCUGUAUUUUUGUUGUUGUUAUAAUGUGGACUAUGUACAUUUUAAUCUGCUCGUAGGAUGGAGCGUGGUAAAGAAGUGAGAUCACAACCAGCUUUAUGGGAUUUCUAGACAAAACAAGAACCAACAAGUCAGCACAAGCCCCCAAACGUACAGCGCUUUGUACGAGAUCAAAAUACAGCCCGUUGGUAAAGCCACAGGUUUAUGAAUUAUUUUGGGUAGCUUUCUCUUUUGUCAUAAUCCCCAAUUUUAUUAUUUUUAGUCUUGGUUUUCAGUUAAAUUUAUAGGUCUCAUUAGAGUUUUGGCAGUAAAAAAAAAAAAAUGCUUAAAAAAUAAUAAUCUUACUGAUCCUUACCUUAUUGUGAGUUCCUAAAAAAAAUAUAUAGUUCUGUAUAAAUUCGGAAACUUCCUUUUCAUCCUGUCAAAGGCUGCUUUGUUUUACUAUGAUUUAAAUUUCCGUACAGAUCUGUUUUUCUCAAUCCUAUUAACUGUUUAAGGCUGUGAGGGUGUUUAUCAGUAUACUGUUGAUGCACGGCAUUGCUGCACAAUUCAUUCACCAUAUAAAUAUGUAUAAACGUUAUUCCAAAAGGAGGAAAUCAUCUGAAAUCGUUUGCAUUUUGUUUUCAGUAAGGUUGCAUUCACUACUGCUUUUCAAGCAAGACUGGCUUUAUGAACGAGGUUUUUAUAUAUAUAUUGUGGGACCAUGCAAUAACCCUGUUAGCCACCAUAUGGGAUGUGCUACAUUGUGUGUCCGUACAUGAACUUUUCAUUUCACAGAGAAUUUGUGAAGAGGGCAAAGGGAACUGAAAGGAACUUUCUACAGAGCCAUACAAAUUGAAUUGGGAUGCAGGAAAAAUCUAUUUUUAUUAGAUGUGCUUUAAGAUGCACUUCCCAUUCGGUCAUUCAGGGGAUAAUUGAGCCUUGCUUAAUUAUAUGAAUGAGGUAAAAAUCCAUAUUGAGGGUUAAUAUUUGU